AUGCGAACUGCUUCUUAUAAUAUUGGUCGUCGAUACAAAUGUUCAUAUCGUCAUUGGACAAUUCCACUCUAUUUCAUACGAAUAUUUUCAUUGAUUCAAUUAUUAUCAUGUUUCACAUUUCAAAUUUAUUCAUAUUUUUUUCAACAACAAAGUGUAUCACAAUGGCUUGAUCUUAUUGAUAUAUUUUUAUUACUUGUUACCUAUUUAUUUGUAUUUUAUUUUCAUUUAAAUUUAAAUUUAUAUCAUCCAACACGUCCAUUAUUCUAUACACUAUGGUUUUGGCUCUAUUUUCUUGUACAAAAUUAUGAUUGUUAUAAAAUUUAUAUACAUCAUAUGACAUUAUUUCAAACAAUUUAUGUUUCUAUUAGACAAGUAGCAUUAGGUUUGAUAACAAUUAAUUUAACUAUUAUUUGUGUACAUUCUUGUGCAACAGUUCAACGACAAGGAUUAUCAACACGUAUUUCUUCAAUUAAUUACAAUGAUUUAUCCAUGCCUAAUGAACGCAAUCGUCUACUAGAUGUGACAAUUAUUCAACCAUCUUGUCAUUUUAGAAUUCGAUCCUUAUCAUCAACUGAUUUAGUCAAUGAAGAUGAUGCGUGUAUAUCUGAACUAUUUACAUUUUCAUGGUUUAAUAAAUUAAUGAAAAAUGGUUACAAAUCAUUGAUUAUAGAUUUAAAUGAUUUAUGUUUAUUACCGCAUAGUUUAACUGUUGAACACAUUUCGACACAAUUUACUCAAAAAAUGAAUACCACACCAAAAUUAUUCCGAUCAUUAUGGUCAAUAUUUGGUAGAACAUUUUUUCUAUUAGGAAUUAUCAAAAUUUUAGGUGAUGGUAUGGCGUUUGGUGGUCCAAUAUUUUUGAAUAAAUUAAUAUCGUAUAUGGAGAAUGGACGUAAAGAUUUAAGAGAAGGUUUAUUAUUGUGUUUAAUAUUGAUUAGUACCGUUUCUGUAGCCUCAUUUUUGAACAUUCAUUUUUCUUAUCGAAUUAGUCUGUUAACAUUGAAAUGUAAAGUAUGUUUGUAUACACAAAUAUAUCAGAAAGCAACAAAGUUAAAUUUAAGUCAAAUGGGAAAUUUUUCAAUGGGAGAAAUUGUUAAUCAUAUGUCAACAGAUACAGAUCGUAUCGUUAACUUUUUUCAAAGUUUUCAUGCUUUCUGGAGUUUACCAGUACAAAUCGCCAUUGUACUCUAUUUAUUAUAUCUUCAAAUUGGUUUAACAUUUUUAACCGGUUUAGCUUUUGCCAUUAUACUUAUACCGAUAAAUAAAGUAAUUGCAUCAAAAAUAGGAAAAUUAUCUCAAUCAAUGAUGAUGUACAAAGACGAUAGAGUUAAGUUAGUUUCUGAAGUAAUAUACGGAAUUCGUGCUAUUAAAUUAAAUACGUAUGAAGAAUAUUUUACAUCUGAGAUGGAUAAAAUUCGAACAAAUGAAUUAAAAACAUUACGUGGUCGAAAAUAUUUGGAUGCAUUUUGUGUCUAUUUUUGGGCAACAACACCCGUACUCAUAUCAGUUUUAACAUUUACAACAUAUACUUUAUUAGGAAAUCACUUAACACCAUCCAAGGUAUUUACAAGUUUAGCGUUGUUUGCUAUGUUAAUAGCCCCAUUAAACGCCUUUCCCUGGGUUAUAAAUGGUCUAGUUGAAGCUCAAGUGUCAUUGAAACGUGUACAAAAAUUUAUUAAUAUUCAACCCAUAAAUAUGGAUGAAUAUUAUCAUCAACUGCCAAUCGAAGAACAAUUUCAAUUAUCAUUAGAUCUACCAUCUAUUAGUAUCUUAUUAAAAGAUGCUCGUUUUACAUGGAAUGAAAGCAACGAAUCAAUAUUGAAUGUCAAUAAUUUAUCUGUGAAACGUGGUGAUUUAGUAUUGAUAUUGGGUCGUGUGGGUAGUGGAAAAACGACACUAUUAAAUUCACUCUUGGGUGAAUUGCUUAAAUUACAUGGUCAAAUUAUCGUUGAAAAAGUGAUUGAAAAUGGUUAUGCUUAUUGUGCACAAGAACCAUGGAUUCAACAAUUAACAUUUAGAGAAAAUAUACUAUUUGGAACGUCAUAUGAUCAUGCAUGGUAUAAACAAGUGAUUGAUGCAUGCGCAUUAGAAAAAGAUAUUCAAUAUUUAGGUGAUGCAGGUGAUCAAACAUAUAUUGGUGAAAAUGGUGCAACUUUAAGUGGCGGUCAAAAAGCACGUGUUGCACUGGCACGCGCCGCUUAUCAAGACAAGGAUAUCUAUUUAUUGGAUGAUCCAUUGUCAGCUGUCGAUGUUAACGUUGCACGUUAUUUAUUUACGAAAUGUAUAAAAGGCAUUCUGAAACAUAAAACUCGUCUACUAUGUACACAUCAAGUGCAGUAUGCUAAACAAGCCGAUUAUGUUAUUUUAGUUGAUAAAGGACAAAUAGUUAAACAAGGUAAACCUGAAGAUGUUUUGUCAGUAGCCGAAUCAUUAUUGUUCGGAGAUCAAACAUCAGAAUUGAGUGUAACAACAACAACACCAUCACAUAAAUCUGUAACAGAAUUAGAUGAACUAAUAAUUCAACCAGAGAAUGCAUUACAAACAGAAUUAGAACAAAGAUGUACAGGAACGGUUAAAUUAUUUGUAUGGAAACGAUAUUUUAUUGCUGUUGGUAUCAUUUUGUCCUUUUCAAUAGUUAUAUCGGUAUUUUUAAUGCAAGCAUCUCGAAAUAUAUUUGAUUGGUGGUUAUCAUAUUGGACAAGUCAUCAACUUGAGAUUCGAAAUAUGUCGAUUAUUAAUAAUAGAUCAUUUGUUAUUCUGAAUCCAAGCGUGUGA